AAAACCCCCGGGACCGUGACUUCUAAAACCCUCGGACCAAACCCCGGAGAAGGGUUUUAAGCCGAGUCGUCAGAGGGGAAGCAGUCGGAAGGGGCCUCCACCGAGGUUCUGAACAAUGGCUUUGACCAAUAAAAUUGGAAAUCUCUUUAAGAAAGCUAUAACUUCCAAUCCUUCAGUGUAUCAGGCAAUACGAUGCAUGUCAUCCUCAAAACUCUUUGUUGGAGGACUCUCAUAUGGCACGGAUGAUCAGAGUCUUAGAGAAGCAUUCACCAGCUAUGGUGAAGUUGUGGAAGCUAGAGUAAUUAUGGAUCGAGAGACUGGUAGGUCCAGAGGAUUUGGUUUUGUAACUUUUACAUCUGGUGAGGAAGCCUCUGCCGCCAUGACUGGACUGGAUGGAAAGGAUCUUCAUGGCCGGAUUGUAAGAGUCAACUAUGCUACAGACAGGACAGGAUUUCGUGGUGGUUAUGGUGGCGGUGGUGGUGGUUAUGGUGGCAGUGGCUAUGGUGGUGGUGGCUAUGGUGGUGCAGGUGGCUACGGUGGAGGUGGUGGCUAUGGUGCUGGAGGGGGAUAUGGUGGGGGUGCUAGUGGCUAUGGUGGGGCCGGUGGUUAUGGCGGUGGAUUUCGUGGUGGUUAUGGUGGCGGUGGUGGUGGUUACGGUGGCAGUGGCUAUGGUGGUGGUGGCUAUGGUGGUGCAGGUGGCUAUGGUGCUGGUGGAGGCUACGGUGGAGGUGGUGGCUAUGGUGCUGGAGGGGGAUAUGGCGGUGGUGCUAGUGGCUAUGGUGGGGCCGGUGGUUAUGGCGGUGGUGGCAAUAAUUACAGUGGAGAUAACUACAGCAGUGGGGGUGGUGGUUACGGUGGUGGCUAUGAUGGAAAUACUGGUGGUUAUGGUGGUAGCAGUGGUGGUGGGAGCUACGGUGUUGCUGGCGGUGGCGGUGGCGGUGGCAGUGACAACUAUGUCAGUGGUGCCUCUGGUGAUAACUAUGUCAGCGGUGGUGGCGCAGGUGGUUAUGGCGGCAUUGGCAGCUAUGGUGGGAGCAGUACGAUGGGCUAUGGCAGCAGUGGCGACCAACAUAGCAGCAACAAGAGCAGUGCUGAUGCUGCUGACGAGAAUGGAAGUCAGGAUGACUUGUUGGAUGACAACUUUGAGGAUGAUAAUAACCAGCCUGAUGACUAUGCCAACAAGCGUGGAUGAUUGACAUUUUCCGUCAUUAAAUCUUGAGGGUGCAGUUUAUAAGAGGGCGUUAUCUGUGUAAUCAGUGUUGAAUAAGCUAGGUCAUACAUACAUCUGUUAUUUUUUUGCUUUUAUUUGCUUUGAUUAAUGUUAUGGAAAUCUGAACAGGGAAUUAAUCAUGGGUUACCUUGAUCUUAAUAUGCAGAGGCAUGUGUGCGCUCUGAAUAUUUGUUCUAGAUAUCAUUUUUAAGGUUUUUCUUGUGGUGGCCAGCCAA